AACAGCUGCCGAGCAGACUGCGCCGAGGUUGACGGGCGCGCCUCCACCUGCCUAUAUAGCAGUGGGACGCGCUUUUAAUUGUUUCAGUUCCUCGCAGAAAUUUGUCGCGCGCGUGAAUAGUUGCUCGCCGUUCUUCGCGGGUCGCGCUCGUAAACAGUUAGAACGUGAAACGAACGGGGUCCGGUAGCGGUCAGCGAAAGCAACCCUUCGAAAUUGCUAUCAUCCCAACCGAGGGGCGCACGAAGUUCUGAUCUCCCGUGUGCAUCUCCGCGUUAUCGGGAUCUCUAAAAACAAAAACGUGCAAUAUUCUGUGAUUUUGGACUGGAUUUCCGGUUGUUUGAGAAAUCUAUUCGCGACGCUGUGCGAUCUUCCGCGUGUGUUAUCAUCAACAUCAUCAUCAUCAUCGUCAUCGCCAUCCCAGCUUAGAGCUCAGGCCGAUGCUAGGAGUAGGAGCAGGCCCUGCCACACCGAGGCUGCCCAGCUCAGUUAUCAUCGGCAGGCUGUCCGCUGCUGAAGGGGCUGCCGAGUAGGUAGCUCACGCCCAUCUGUUGUAGCUACGAGUAAUUCGCACCUCUCCGCGGACGGAGAGGUUUCGAAGUUUGGUUUCGCGCGUUCGAUCCCAUGUGCAUUGAAGCGUCGCGGUGCUUAGCGAAGAUAGGCGUCGACGAAGAGUACGAAAUUUUGGAAGAAAUUGUUUGAAAAGCAGGUGAAGCGGAGGAAGAGCGGUAGAGAAGAGGGAGCAGACUAAACACCGACAACUGUAAAAUGCUGCAACGGCAGCUGGAGGAGCCGACCACCGUGAGCAACCUAUGGAACUACCUGGCGUUUGUGGUGUUCGUAGUGGUGUCCGCUCUAAUACCGAUCCGCAAGCGAUUAUGCAGCCGCAGGGUCAAAACAAAGGAGGACUAUGUCUUCGGCGCCGGUCACAUUUCGAUGCUAGCGAUGAUGCUGUCGAUUGCUCGGGGUACCCUCGGAGUUAUCUCGGUACUCGGUUACCCGAGCGAGUUCUUCUACCGGGGGACGGCCAUGUGGGAAACACUGUACGGAAUGAUGACCGCCUAUCCGAUCGUAUGCUUCGUGUUCAUUCCGGUGUACUUCGACCUGGGAAUCACUUCGGUGUAUCAGUAUCUGGAGUUGAGAUUCAACAGCCGUCUGGUGCGUUGCCUCGCCUCCGGGACGUACAUCCUCCGUACACUUCUCAGUCUAGGGGUCACCAUCUACACCCCAACGGUAGCCUUGAACACCAUCAUCGGAGUGCCGUACUGGGCAUCGCUCCUCUGUAUCACCUGCAUCAGUAUAUUCUUCAAUGCGCUUGGAGGCAUGAAGGCAGCCGUGGCCGCCGACGUCAUCCAGAGUCUCAGCAUGACGGCCAUGCUGGUCGGAAUCGUUAUCUAUUGUUGCGUCAAGAGCGGCGGAGUGGACCAGGUAGUUGCAAUCGGAGCCCAGGCAGGACGCAUGAACUUCUUCAACUUUGCAGCCGACCUGCACCUCCGGGUGACGACCACUUCGGCUUGGCUUGGCGAAUUGUUCAUGUCGCUUAGUUUGUUGGGAUGCCAACAGAACUUCGUUCAGCGAUACCUCAGCAUGCCGACUCUGCGCAAAAUCCGACAGACCAUGCUCGUCAAUAUUCCUCUGGUAGCGGUACUGUUUUCGCUUCCUUGGCUCGUGGGAAUGGGAAUCUUUGCUUUAUAUCACACUUGCGAUCCUCUUAAAGCCGGCAACAUCGAAAAAAUGGAUCAAAUUCUACCCUACUUCAUAAUGGACUACUUUUCCAAAGUUCCAGGGGUAUGGGGACUCUUCGUUGGAACGCUCUUCAACGGGGCUCUCACUCUAAACAUCUCGAACAUCAAUUCCCUCGCAACGGUCACCUGGGAAGAUUUUCUCUCACUUCUUCCAGGUUUCCGGAAAAAGGCCGACAGCUAUCAACUGACAGUGAUCAAACUUGUUGGCACCAUCUAUGCCAUCCUCAUUCUUGGCGUAGGAUUUCUCGUCGGACUUCUCUCCGGAGUCAUCGAAUCUUCAGUUCUUGUCCUAUCGGCAACCUCGGGACCUCUUCUAGGUGUCUUCAUUCUCGCAAUGUUCGUGCCAUUUGCCAACUGGAAAGGAGCAGCUCUCGGGAUGCUGGUUUCCCAUGGUGUGACCGUGUGGAUCGUUACCGGUCGUAUGAUGUACGUAGAAGUGUACGAUUCGCUGCUAUCGACCUCGAUCGAAGGCUGCGUCAGUGAUGCCCCGUUUCUAACCAACAGUACCUCGUACAUCGUAGUGGACCAGAUGAGUAGGAUAAUGCCCAUGGCCGUCCAAGGUGACUCGUUCCUAUACCGGAUCUACUCCGUGUCGUACAUGUACUACGGAGUGUUCGGAACCAUCCUGACGGUAGCCGUGGGUUUAGUGUUUAGUUUAGCCACGUGGAGCAGUGUCGAUGCGUACAAUACGAAGAUGUUGCAUCCGGCAGUGCGGUGGCUUCAUGAACGAUCGCCUUUCGGGGGCAAACGGUUCGGGUCAUUCGACGUGAACAAGGGUGAUAAACUGCCGCCAGCAGCUAAGGUAGUGGUCGUGAGUAAUCUGACGGUUAAGGACUCCGGGAAGAGUUGAUGCUGUGAUUGAAGGGCAAGUUUACUAGUUAGCAAUGUAAGUUUGUAAAUAGCAAUAUAAUUUUAUAGCACAUUCAUGUUA